AAAAAUUAAAUUAAAUAAUAGUAGGGCUACAAGCUACCUGCCUGCAUGGGGGUAUAUAUUCUAUGGAAAUGGUUUCAUAGCUUCACGUUCUUCAAACGUUAGACUGCACCCAAUAAUGGAAGCUCAAGCUAUUCUGCUGUUACAAGUUCCUUCGGCGCCCACAAUCUUCAAAAGCUCUUCACGGAUAAUUGUGAAAUCACAAGCACCAAUCCGUGCCACACGUCGCCAGUUACUAGCUUACCAUCCUUCAGCCAUCGCACCUAAACGGGAGAAAGAUGCUAAAAAACGGAUUGUUGUAACCGGUAUGGGUCUCGUCUCCGUCUUUGGGAGUGACGUCGGCACGUUCUACGAUAGCCUCCUAGCGGGUGAGAGUGGAAUCAGUUUAAUAGACAAAUUCGAUGCUUCAUCAUUCCCAACACGGUUUGGUGGCCAAAUUCGUGGAUUCAACUCAAAUGGGUAUAUAGACGCCAAAAGUGACAAGCGACUUGACGAUUGUCAAAGGUAUUGUAUUGUUGCGGGGAAAAAAGCUCUUGAAGAUGCUGUUCUUGGGAGCCACGAACUCUCCAAAAUCGAUAAGGAUCGUGCUGGUGUGGUUGUAGGAUCAGGAUUUGGAGGUGUUACGAUGUUUUCUGAUAAUGUCGAGUCUCUCAUAGAGAGAGGUUAUAAGAAGAUUACACCUUUUUUCACACCUUAUUGCAUAUCAAACAUGGGCCCGGCCUUACUUGCUAAAGAUCUUGGCUUUAUGGGACCAAAUUACAGCAUCUCAGCUGCUUGUGCGACAUCCAACUUUUGUUUCUGUGCUGCUGCUAAUCAUAUCCGUGAAGGGAAGGCUGAUUUGAUGAUUGCUGGCGGGGUCGAUGCUAUCCUUAUUCCCGUGGAAUUGGGAGGUUUUGUUGCUUGUCGAGCGUUGUCUCAAAGAAACGAUGAUCCCCAGACUGCUUCUAGACCAUGGGACAAAGACAGAGAUGGGUUCGUUUUGAGCGAAGGUGCUGGUGUUUUGGUAAUGGAGAGUUUAGAGCAUGCAAUGAAAAGGAAUGCUCCAAUACUUGCCGAAUACUUAGGAGGUGCGGUUAAUUGUGACGCUUAUCAUAUAACUAAUCCGAGACUGGAUGGGCUCUGUGUUUCAUCUUGCAUUCGAAGCUGCCUUGUGGAUGCUGGUGUGUCUGCGGAGGAGGUAAAUUACAUCAAUGCACAUGCAACUUCAACAGUGGUAGGAGAUCUAGCAGAGGUUAAUGCUCUCAAGAAGGUGUUUAAAAGCAAAGAAGAGAUCAAAAUGAACGCCACUAAGAGUAUGAUUGGGCACUGUAUGGGAGCAGCUGGAGGUCUGGAAGCCAUUGCUACAAUCAAAGCUGUUCAAACAGGAUGGUUGCAUCCCACCAUUAAUCAAUUUAACCUGCAGUUGAAUUCGACACAGUUCCAAAUACAAAGCAACAGCAUGAUAUCAACAUUGCAAUUUCAAGUUCAAUUGGUUUUGGUGGACACAACUCCGUAAUAGCAUUCUCGGCAUUUAAAGCAUGAUAUGUUCAUCUAUAAUUUCUCAAAAACAUCAUGGCCUUUGAGGCAUUUGAUAAACUGUCAAAUGUGAUCCAUGCAUAUUUAGAGCA